GAACACAAUCGUUGCUAUCGGAACACCUCGAUAUUAGUGUUCCGAUGGAGAAUUAAGUUAUUUGUGGAAGAAGUUUUGAAUGAGUUCCAGAAAUCAGGCAUAAUGGAUCGAUAAAGAACAGAGCUAGAGUACAAGUGGAGCCGAAGCCAAGAGGCUUCAGAAUUUGUUAAAAAGGAUGGCGUCUGCUGUCAGGGGGAGAUUUGGUGCUCAUUCCAACUUAAACAUCUUUUCUGGAACAUGGUCAGAAAGACAAUAUCUUUAUGUUUUGUCAAGAAGCUUUGGAUUAAAGAGCAAUUUAUUUCACCCCAAAAAACAUUCAAAAGGAAAAUCCAAACUGUUUGUAUCCUCUACAGAUCGAAACUUUGAGCGUAUGGAACAUGAAGCUCUUAUGUAUCAAGGUGGAAGAGAUAAAAUAACAAAGAACCGUGAGGUACCAAGUCCUAAACAGAUUUUCAGUUUUCUAGAAGAACGUGUGGUUGGACAAGAAAGAGCUAAAAAGGUCCUUUCUACUGCUGUCUACUACCAUUAUAGAAGAAUUCAACACAACCAGCAGCUCAUUUCAAGUGGGAGACAACAUUCUGCUGAGCAGUUUGUUCAUCAAAAUCUGCAUGCUAAAUCCUUAGCACAUCACGCAAUGAAAUACCAUCCACACCUGGAACUACUGGGACAGACAGACUACUUUAGCACCACUGUCCCAAACCACUUACAGCAGCUUUUGGAUGCUGGCAUUCCAAAUUCUGUUCAAAAGAAUACAGUUUUGGAAAAGAGCAACAUCUUGCUCUUCGGCCCGACGGGAUCUGGUAAAACUUUACUAGCUAACGCAGUGGCCGAGUUUCUAGAUGUGCCGUUUUACGUCGGAGACUGUACCUCCCUGACGAUAUCAGGCUAUGUAGGCGAAGAUGUGGAAUCCUUGCUCUCUGGACUCCUCAGUAAUGCUAAUAAUGAUUUAGAGAGGUGUCAACAAGGAAUAAUUUUUCUUGAUGAAAUAGACAAGCUGAAGAAAACCUCGUCCCCUAAUUCAGACCGGGAUGUUGGUGGGGAGGGAGUGCAGCAGAGGCUUCUCAAGAUUCUAGAGGGUGCAAAGGUCAGAGUUCCUGACAAAAGGUCAAUGCCAUCAUCCUACAAAGAGAUUGAUACCACCAACAUCCUGUUUGUGGGAUCCGGAGCUUUCAACGGCCUCGACAAAAUCAUACAGAACAACAAAGACACAAAGGUUUAUGGCUUUGGACAGCAAAUGCAGGAACAAACAGAUGAAGAUAGUCUGAUGUCCGAGGUGGAGCCAAAAGACAUUAUCAAAUUUGGCAUGAUCCCCGAGUUUUGUGGUCGCAUGCCUAUCCUAGUCCCGUUCCAUGGACUUUCAACAGAAAUGCUCGUGGAAAUCCUGACAAAGCCUAAGAAUGCUGUAGCAAAUCAGUUCAUAGCCCAAUUUAGGACGGAGAAAUGUCAGCUGGUUUUCACGCCUGAUGCAUUGCACACCAUUGCAGAAUCAGCCUUUCAAAAGAAAGUUGGAGCUCGGGGUCUCCGGUCGUUGUUGGAGAACCUGUUAGAAGAAGCAUUGUUUGAAGUGCCGAACUCAAACAUCAAGAAAGUAAUUAUCACAAAAGAAGUGGUCCAAGGACAUCAACCUCCAAAUUAUUUCACCUCCUGAUGAUUGGUGUAUUAAUACCAAUAUCAUGUUGUCUGUGAUAGUCUGGUUUUACUUGUACUUACAACUGCAACUUACUUCAAUAAAGUAAAAAAAAAA